AUGACCGAGUGGCUUGCUCCACUGAUUUGUCACCUUCGCACCAUUGAGCAAAUUGCCAAGGCCUGCCAGACACCUCUGCCUUGGAUGUGGCAACACAUGGAGGUCAUCUACUCCAUCACCAUUGGCCACUUGCAGGGGCUCGGCCAGCAUGGCAAGGAGCUUCCACAGUCCCUUGAGUGGAUCAAUGACAUGCUCCCCCUGACCGUGGCCGAGGAGCACUUUUUCUUGCAUGCAGUAGAGUUGAUCACGCAUGCUCCCCAGCCCAUCAUCCAUUACUGGGCAGGGAAGACCAUUCCCAUGAAUCUCCUCUGCAUCAUAUGGCAGAACUUCAUCUCCCAGUACCCGAAUCCUCCCCCUGCACUGCUAACUGCACCACCCACCCCACCACCAAUGUCAACAGCCCCUGAUUCAAACACUUUUGCUGGCCCACCUCCCACUCGGCACGACGAGGGGCUUCUGCCUCAAGGAAGGGCAAUGGUGACUCAGCCUGCAUGCAGCACAGGUCCCAUAGAGCUGAGCAGCAGCACGCUCAGGUUGCACUCAUUGUGGAUGCCCCAGAACCCUGCUCUGGUGAGUCCUUCUCGGUACAGAGAAGCCCAUGCUAACCACCAGCCACAGCGCAAACUUGCAGAAGCAGUCACACUUCGGGUUGAGGAACUGCCUGUUGGCAUGUGUGGAGUCUCUGUGCUGGACAAGACCUACUCGCUGAGGGGUAGCCCUGCAUGCUCUGACAAGGAGUCAGAGGAGAGUGACCAAUGGGCCCCACAUGUGCUGCCCAACCUGAGCCCCAUGCCACGACUCCGUCCAAGGUGCCAACUCCCCACGCUGCAACGUGCCCCUGGUGCCCAACCCACUGCCAUUCAGCUAGCAGCCCCACGCAUGUCUGACCCGAUCACCAUGGCCCAGUGCAUGUUGACUCACGCUGCUGUCGAGGGGGCAACCGCUCCGUCUUCGAUGUCAUGCACAGCAGUCCCUGCUCAGUCGUCCCAAGUCACUGCACCUACUGCUCGACCAGCCCAAGUCACCACGCCCGUCGCUCGCCCCCCCACCUCUGACAUUUGCAGAUCAUCUCACCUCCCACCCCCACCUGUUGUUGUGAUACCUAUCACGAUGGGCGCACCACACAAAUGCAUCGAGAUCAAUCCCCUGACACACACGCCCACCGCCACAUAUGCUGAAGUGUGGCACGCAGAUGACCUGUGCGCUCCUUGUCGCCAGGACCAGAUCUCCUGCUGGUGGGAUGCAUGUGGUCACACUUGUCAGCGGUGUGCCAGAGCACGUGCCAAGUGUCCCUUGGCAUUCAAGAAUGACGUGCCCAAUCUACCCCUCUGCCUCGAUACUAAAGACAGUUAUCCUGCAACCACUUCGACAUACCUGGGCAUCACUGGGGCCACCCCGGGCCUUGUCAUUUUGAUGGGAUGGCCACUGUAUGGCCCAGAUCUGACCACGUGUGGAGAGCUACCCGAGGCCUUGGACCCCGAGAUCCACCACCCGGAUGUGUGCACGAAGAAAGAACACGGGGAUAUGCAUCGCGCAUGCACCCGGACGCCAUCCAUCUACAAUGAUGCCCCUCUGUCUGCCCCACCGUCCAGCGCCUCUGGGCCGAUAAAAACCUCCCAGACUCAAAGCACCAUUUCCCCCAGCCCAAGUGCGAAGGCACUCGGCAAGUGCAGGGCUGUCAACGUGUCCAAUGAGGAGGGCAAGGUCGAGAACGUGCUGGGCCCCACAGUGGAGUAG